AUGCAUCAAACUCUUCUCGGAUUCUAUGAAGGACACCAAGGACCAGGGCAGGAAAAGAAGCAGAGUGGUGUACCUAAAGAAACAUACUACCUGCAGCUUGCAGGUUCUGUAUUCGCAAAUGAUAAGGAUCCUGAGAUGAGACUCCUCUUCCAGCAGAACCCUAAGGCUUUCAUCAAGCCUGUCCAGAUGCGAUUUAAAGUACUUAAGAAAAAAUACAAUGAGGUCAAUGCGACCCUCAAGCAGCCGGGCGCUGAGAUGACUUUUGAUGACCUACAUAAGAACCCAGAGACAAAGACACUUCUCAAUUCACAACUAGUGAAGUUCCUGUGGUGGCUGGAGCUUCACAACUUUGAGUCUGCAGCACUACAACACUUAAAUGUGUCUGGCAGCAAAGACAUGCAAGUUUCUGAUGGAGAGGAAAAUCUACUCGAAGACAGUGAAAUUAUGGACAUGGACAAUACUGACACCCAUCUAGAUGACAUUGGCCCUGUGCCUGUGGCUGAUUAA